AUGGCGAAUACAACCCAGCUUUUGCUGGACCUUCAUCAGACGUACCCACUUCCUAAAGAUACGCUUCUUUCACCCACACAAGCAGUGAUAGCCAUGGCCAUUGUGACCUACCUUCUUUCUCUUUUUGGGAGCCCAUCGUGGUCUCCAAUUUCCGGUUCUUCCUACAUGCAGAGGAAAUUCUCGCAGAUGGAUAUCGCACGGCAAGUCCAUCCCCUUUCCUCAGUCCAAAACUGCGGCUCAUCGUACGCGUACCAGUGCAAGGACAAGAUAUUUCAGUUUCGCCGUGCCGACACGGACAUGCUGGUCUUGCCUCCCAAAUAUGUUGACGAUAUACGCAAGUUGCCGAAUGAUGUGGCUAGCCCAACGGUGGCCCACGUUCAUAACCUGAUGGGGUCUUCUACUAAUAUGCACAUCAUCCUGCGCAGUAACCUGCACUUCCGUACGCUCCAGCUCAAACUCACCCCUCAUCUCAACACUCUCACACGCCCCAUGCAGGAUGAGACCAAGGAAAAGGAAGAAAGGGUUAACCGGACCACAGAUGACUGGGUGACCAUCAAGCCAUAUCAUACACUCCUCGACUUCGUUGCCCGCGUCAGUGCUAGGAUCUUCCUGGGGAAACCACUCUGUCGGAACCCGGAGUGGCUGGAAAUCUCGACGCAGUUUACUGAAAAUGUGUUUGUCUCACUUGUCUUUCUUCGUCUCUUGCCCAUAUGGACCCACAAGAUUGUCAGUUGGUUCAUGCCUUCAUCAUACCGGGGCACUGCGUAUAUCAAAAGGGCGAAGAAGCUUCUGGUUCCCGAAAUUCUUCGUCGCAGGGAGACAGAGGCAGAGAGAAUUGAGGAGCCCGAGGAAAACAAACACAACCUAUUGUCUUGGAUGAUGGAAAUUGCCAUGCCACACGAAAGCGACCCAGCUUCUUUGGCUCACCUCGAAGUGGUGAUGUCCCUUGCAUCUAUCCAUACUUCUCAGAUGAAUGCUGUUCAUGUGCUGUAUGACCUUCUGGCACACCCGGAAUAUCUCGAGCCUAUCCGCGAUGAGAUUCGUGACGUGGUCAAAGAACUCGGUCCGUGGAUGACCUGGGAGAAGCCAGCCUUUUCGAAACUUCGCAAGCUCGACUCCUUCAUGCGUGAGUCCCAGCGGUUUAACCCCCCUACGCUUCUUUCCAUGCAUCGCGUCAUCCUGCAACAGAGCCAGCUCUCUGAUGGAACUGUUUUGCCGAAAGGGGCACAUAUCAGCAUGGCCGUCAAUGCCAUUCAAAAUGACCCGGACGUGACGCCUGCACCUGAGGUCUUUGACGGCUUCCGCUACUAUAAACUCCGUCAGCGCGAGGGCGAGGCACAUCUCCAUCAAUUCUCCACAACUCAGGACCGGAUUCUGAAUUUUGGUCACGGUCCGAACUCCUGCCCCGGUCGCUUCUUCGCCAGUCUGGAGAUUAAAGUGAUACUUGUCCGUCUACUCAUGGAUUAUGAAUUUAAAUUCAAGCAGGGCAGCGAACGACCGGAAAAUUUGCGGGCGCAUGAAUUCAUCUUCCCCAACCCCGACGCAGAAAUCCUGAUGCGCCGCCGCCCUGCAUCUGAACGACUGGAAAUAUGA